GGCGGGAACGCGAGGAGUGAAGUUGUGUGAUUUGUUUUAUUUUGUCUAUUUAGUGUUUCUUCGGGUUUAAAUGUGUAAUAAUGGUUUACACAUUUAAACAUUUAAUAAUGGUUAAUAUUAACUGUUUAAUAUCUGUGAAAGUGCACAAAUGUGGGAAAAUGAAACAAAGCCGCUGGACGUAACUUCUCGGGAUCCUCCAAAAAGUCCACUGAAAAAUCUUAGUAAAUGACCACCAUUUUACUAAGAUUAUAUUUCAUCCCAUAUCAUCUCAAUUCAUUUCAUUUAAUUUCAUCUCAGUUGAUUAAUGUCUCAAAUUAAUCAUCUUCAUUACAUUUCACUCCAUAAUAUCAUUUUUCAUAAAAAUAUGAAUAAUAUAAAUUAAAAUAAGACAUGACUUAAAGGUCUCAGUUACCAGGUCAUAAAAUCUCUUAAAAAAAAACGAAAUGGUCACCUAUUGGUGGAAUUACUUUUGAAAUUAUAUUUGAACGGUCGGAAAUAAACACAAAAUUAAUGAGAGAUUAUUUUGAAGUUUGCAGUAAUAACGGUGCAUCUAUUAUUUCUCUGAAGUGUUUGUUUACAUUGUGAAAUUAAGUUUGACACAUUAAAUUAAGUUACAUAGUACAGAAAUGGAAAAAGCACAGGCAUUUACAUUAGAAAAUUUCAUUAGUAAUUGGAAUGGCGAUUUUCCGAAUUAUCCUCUUACGCCUGCGGAUCUUAAAAUUCCUCAAGCUGUGAUGGGAGCUCUGUUUCAAAUAUUCGACAGGCUUGGAAUCGAUCGCGACGCUGUACUUGCGCCACCCCCUGAAGAAAACUGUAACGAGCACACAAUAUAUUACUGGGACCUCUUACCGGUAAUCAACAUGACACGUGUGAUCAAUCAUCUUGUAUCUGUUAUGCCUCAAGUUUCUACAAUUAGCAUAUCGCAUUUCCUGCAACCGACAGCAAUAACGUCGCAUUCAAUACUUCUGUUGCUUUUCAAUUUGAUGCUUUUUAAUGAAGGGAGAUUAAGGGAUAUUGCUCCAUUCGAGGAAGAAUUAUUUGCCAAGACAGAUGAGGUGAAAGCUUUAGAAAGUCGCAAAAACAAACUAUUAGAAAUGUUAAAUCAACAAGCUGAAGAGAAAGGGAAAAGAGCAGAGAGAUUAGAAAAUUUGGAUCAGGAUAUUAAAAUGUUUGAAGAGGAAUUAAAACAAGAAAAAGAAUACUAUGAGGAAGAGAAAUUAGAGUUAGAUGCUAUCAUCAAAGAGAAUAAACAAGUUGAGAUGCUUCAAGACCAAAAGAAAUCACAAAGGGACAGUUUGAUAGCUGAGCUAGAGCGGAAACGGGCACUCAGGGUCUAUGAUGCUGAUGACAUUAAAGCACAGGCUACAAAGGCAGCUAAAGAUGUCCAAGAGUCUGAGGAGAAACUCAAAUCUUUGAGGGAAACCCUGAUGCAAAAGGAAAAUAAUUUGAAGAAUUUGCAGACAACCAAGCCCAAUCUGGAUACAGCUAAUAAUCUUUUGCAUGAAAUAAUGAAACUUUCUGAUGAAUUGAAGGAGUUGGAAUCAGGUGAUUUAGACAGUGAAAGUAAAGAAGGUGAAUUGGAUGUACUCAAAACGGAGUUAAGUGAGUUGAACGCUCAGCUUAGUGAUCUGCAAGCGGCUAGAGAGGAUGCUAUGAUGAAGAGACAAGAGUCUCAGGCGAAACGACAAGAGGAAAAAACUUUGGCCCUCAGCGCUUUGCGUGAAGCAGAAGAAAGAGAUAAGAAAUGUCGUGAACGAAACAAGUCUGCUCUCCAACGCACCGAAGAGAUUAAAGAGCUCACUAUCAAGUAUGAAGCAGAAAAAGCUAAGUGUCUGGAAGAACUAGCUUCCGUUAAAAACAGCUUUUGCAAUGAGUUGAAAUCCAUCGAAGAUAUGCUGAUGAAGAAGGUGACUGAAGCUGAGAAGAGAGUGUGUGAUAAAUUGAGAAACAGGCGUUUGUAGUUGUAAUUUAUGUUUGUAAUUAUUAUAAGUUAAAUACACAUUGUUUUGCCAAAUAAAAAAUCUAAGUGCGGA